AUGGCCAUAUCUCCGAGCGUCUGUUCUCUACCGCAGGGAUGUGGUGGACCAUUCCUGCAGAUUGGGUUCGGUGUUGCGUGGACGAAAGGACGAGCUCUGGCUUCGAAACUCCGAGGAAGGGAGGGCGGCUGCUGCCUCCUUGCUGCCAGUGCCGUACUUCUUGGGAGACACAGAGCCUUGAGGUCGAGGAGCUCGGUGGUCCUUGGAUGCAAGGCGCAGGAGUGGACCGAGCUGCUGGUGGACGGAGAUUCGCAUUCACGGGACGAUAUUUCUUGGGCUUUGCAGAACCUGCGCUCACGUGGCCAGCCGGUGAAGACGACGAUUUUCGCCGCACCGGCCCGGCUUCACAAUGGCAAGUGGUAUGAUUUCGUGCGAGAGCAAGGGCUGCGGUUCCAUGGUGUGCAGAGGGCCACGGGUUACAAGGAUCCCAACGACGAAGCGAUCGUCGGCUGCAUGAAGAAGCUGGUCAUGCUUGCUGGUGUGAGCCGAAUAGCUCUGCUAACAUCAGACUCUGACUUCUUGCAAGGCGCACAGCAUGUUUGCGAGGCUGGCGGGAAAGUCGUGGUGCUAGUGCCCGAAUCCCAGACGGGCACACGGAAGACUUACGCCGACGCAGGCCUCGAAGUCGUUCCCAUCGUCCGAACUGGGGCCAGGCAGUGUCCAAGAGUGAAGGCCUAUCUCCAUUCCGAUGGCACGGGAUCCCUGGAACGGUGCGAGCCGGUCCAGCCCCCAUUGGUUCGAGGAAGUGGCCAAGCUGCAUACCUUGCUGGAGCAGCUGGGUCUCUGGCAAGGGCCAGAUUCAAAACUCUCCACCUGCAUUGCCAAAUGCUGGUUCGCCAACUCCCUCGGCACGCUCACCCUCUUCCCCUUUCAUUGCGCUAUCUCGGAGCUCCACCAAGCACUUUCCGCAAUCAAGGGCGACUGCAGAAGAAUCUCCUCCCCUCCACUCGCCUUCUUCUUCCCGAUCGGCAGUGGCACGCCGACGUCGAAGCAAAAGACUACCUUUGGUGGAAGUCGGGCCGCGAGCAUUUUUCAGGGAGGCUUGUGAGGAGAUUGGGCUACUUCGACGACCACCUGAAUGCAGACCUCCGGGAGGCCAUGUUG